AAGUGGCCAACUGAAUUCAACUUCCUCUAUUGUGUUUCAUAAAUCAUCAGGCAAAUUACCUCAUUGUGUUGCCUUUCUCAUGAGACCGGCUGGUGUUUUAGGGGAUGUUUUAGAUGAUGUUUCAUUUGCAGCCAAUAGGUUGUUUCAUUCUACUUGAAAGACAUGGCAACAGAGUGAGUUUCGGUUUCAGAUGUGAAAUGAGGAAGGGGCAGGUCUUAAGCUCUCAAUCGUUUCUGCCCAAGUAUCAGAUGGAGAGAAGAGAGUUCUGUUGUUGAAAUCUUACGGAUGUGACUCUUGAGUACGAGCUGGCUGCUACGGGUAUGGGAGCUGAUGUUAGAAAAAACAUGCUUGCCCAGGAGAUCUUGCUGAAACGACGUGCUGAAAUUCUCCACGCCCUAUGCAGCAGCAGGUCAGGCGAACAUCUUGAAGAAGUCGUGGAUAUGCUGCUUGCCCAAGGGGAGCUCGGAUGGGAGGACUAUCAGAACGUUCUGGUACCAGGAAGGGCCCUGUACAGCAACGCAAGGCAACUGCUUGACCUGGUUUAUACAAAGGGUGCAGACAGCUGUGGGCUUUUCUUCUCUGCUGUCAAACAGGUAUUGCCGGAAGCACAGGGUGCUGGUUUCUUCUCUUCACAAUGCCCUUCCAGUUUGGAUGACAGAGUAAAGCCCCAAAGAACAGCCACUGAGGAUCUCUUGACUCAAAGGCCAGGCCUCGUCUGCAAGCUCCAAGGCUGCAUUGAUGGUGUUCUGGGAGCUCUUGUUGAAUCAGGUCACUUUUCCUCCACAGAUUGUGAUGGAGUGCAGCUGCCUAUUCACACUCCUUCUCAACAGGCAAGGCGUCUACUCGAUCAUGUCAGAUCCAAAGGAGAGUCGGCGGCGUCAGUUGUCCUACAGUAUGUUCAGCAAAGACAAGAAUCUGGAUCAAGCCUAGAGCAGAAGAAGCAAGUCCUGACUAAAGAGUUUGUAAAAUACCAGAAGAAGCUGAGCAUUUCUGUGUCGGCACAGUCUCGCUUCCUUAGUACUUAUGGGGGGACCAGCCACAUGCCCUUAGAUGACAUCUACACUGAAGUCCAGCUAGAGCUACCAAACAACAGUGCUGAGAUCUACAAAUCCAUGGGCUUCGAGGACAUAAUAGGCCCUGUGGGGACAGUGAAUGAGGAUGCCGACACAGUGCUGGUAUCCGGGGAGGCCGGAAGUGGAAAGAGCACCUGGCUCCAGAAGCUGCACCUUCUCUGGGCUCAAGGAUCCGCUCUUCAAGACUUUCUUCUUCUGUUUCCAUUCAGCUGCCGCAGGUUGAACUCAGAGCACAAGGAUUUGUCAGUACAAGAACUGCUGUUUCAGCACUGCUGCUGGCCAGACAGGGAGCAAGAGGAGAUCUUCCAGUUCAUUCUGGACCACCCUCAUCUUGUCCUCUUCACCUUUGAUGGUCUGGAUGAGCUUAAGCAGAGUUUUGUGGAUGAACAUAGGAUUUGCUGCCCCAACCAGCGGGCACCUGUUCAUGUACUAUUAUUUAACUUAAUCCAAGGUUCUCUAAUGAAAGGGGUGAGAAAAGUAGUCACCAGCCGUCCAGAGGCAGUGGCGCCUGCUUUGAAGAAGCACUUACACAAAGAGGUGCAUCUGAAAGGCUUUUCCCCAUCUGGCAUUGACUGCUUUGUGAGAAAACAUCACAGUGAUCCAAAUGAGGCUGCUAUGGUUUUAGAAUCGCUACAGGCAAACACAGCUUUACUUGGACUGUGCCACAGUCCAGUUCUCUGCUGGAUAGUCUCACAGUGCCACAAGGAGCUGCUUGGAUGUGGAGAGGGAAGCCCGCAAACAGUCACUGAUGUUUACCUGAUGAUCCUGCAGCAUUUUUUUCAGCACCACAGCACCUUUAAGCUUUCCAUUGGAGUAAGUUGGCUGCAGCAGAACCUUGGGACAGUCUUGCAUCUUGGGCAGCUUGCUUUUGAGGGAAUAUCAAACUUCAACUAUAUCUUUUCAGUUGCAGACUUGGAGAUAUGUGGUGUAACUGAAUCAGACAUCUGCAUGGGCUUUCUCAUUCAAAGCAAAAACAUGUCCCCAGCCCACAGUAAAUACUAUGAAUUCCUUCAUGUCACAAUGCAGUGCUUCUUUGCUGCUAUCUACGUCAUUUUAUCAAGUAACACUGGUUGCUCAGCUAUCCCUAAGCUUUUUGAGCUGCAGGAAAUUAAGAAGAACAGUGUUGGCUGUGCAUGCUUUGGAGCCUAUCUGCAUUCAAGUAAUACACAGAAGAUUUUGGAGGAACAUUCUACCACAGCAGAAACAUCAAAUCUGCAGAUCACAGCUACCUUUGUGUCUGGACUACUGUCCCAGCGCUAUCAAAAGCUCUGGCUCCAUUGCAGCUCCAGUGUUUUGGUGGAGAAAAAGGCCAGACAGGCAGCAAGAUGCCUUUCAAAAGGCAUGCAGCAACAUUUCAGGUCAAUCCCUCAACCAGUGCAGGGAGAGAAGAAGAGUAUGCAUGCAAUGCCAGAAUUUGUCUGGCUCAUCAAAUGCAUCUAUGAGAUGCAGGAGAGCAGGAUUGCUAUGAAUGCCAUGAGCAAGCUAGAGGUUGACCACUUGAAACUGACAUACUGUAACAUUGGCCCUGUGGAGUGCACUGCACUGGCCUAUGUGCUCAAACACCUAAAGAAUCCUGUGGGCCUUCAGCUGGACAACAAUUCAGUAGGCGAUGUUGGAGUGGAGCAGCUUCUUCCCUGCAUGCAGAUUUGUAACUCUCUGUACCUCAGAAAUAAUAAUAUUACAGACGAGGGCAUCCGCAAACUGAUCAAUCAAGUCUUCAACCUUGAAAACUUCCAGAAAAUUGCCCUCUUCAACAACAGGCUAACUGAUGCCUGUACACUGCAUUUUUCUUACCUGCUAAAGACCAAGCAGAAUUUCCUGUCCUUAAGGCUGGGUAACAAUAAUAUUACAGCAGUAGGAGCAAAACAGCUUGCAGAGGGACUGAAAUUCAAUCAUUCACUGCAGUAUUUAGGGCUUUGGGGCAAUAAGAUAGGUGACGAAGGAGCAGAGGCCCUUGCAAAUGCUUUACAGUACAGCAAAUCCAUUGUGUGGUUCAGCCUUGUAGGCAAUGGUGUAGGAAGUGCAGGGGCCUGUGCCCUCUCUAACAUUAUCAGGUACAGCACAUCACUGGAGGAGCUUUGGUUGACUGAGAACUGCAUAACCAGAACAGGAGUGGAGUCUCUGAUUCAAGCUUUAAAACACAAUGAUCAUGUCAAGUCAGUAUGGUUGAAAAACAAUGACCUCAGUUCAGAAGAGGUUGAAGAAAUGCAGCAGACUGAAGCAAGACUUGUUUUCUGAUUCGGUGUCCUGUCACUCAGGGAUUAUGGGUCACAAAACACCCAGAAUUUAUAUGUACAAAUCCUGAUGGGCUCAAAUGCCUAAUGUGCAAUGUCAAUAAAGAUUUUGUAUACAA